CAGCAAUGGUGCCUGUCCUGCUGUCCCUGCCUCUCCUCCUGGGUCCUGUAGUCCUUCAGCAGACUGGGCCUUAUUCUCUGGUCUUCCUCUACACCGGCUUGUCCAGGCCCAGCAGAGGCGUCCCCAGGUUUCAAGCCACUGCGUUCCUCAAUGACCAGGCCUUCUUCCACUACAACAGCGACAGUGGGAAGGCAGAGCCUGCAGAGCCAUGGGGCCAGAUAGAAGGGAUGGAGGACUGGAAGAAGGAGAGCCAGCUUCAGAAGGCCAGGGAGGAGAUCUUCCUUGUGACCCUGAAAAACAUCAUGGACUACUACAAGGACAGUGCAGGGUCUCACACCUUCCAGGGAAUGUUUGGUUGUGAGCUCCUGAACAACAGAAGCAGUGGAGCAUUCUGGAGGUAUGCCUACGAUGGACAGGAUUUCAUAGAGUUCAACAAAGACAUCCCAGCCUGGAUCCCCUUAGACCCAGCAGCGUCGAACAUCAAACAGAAGUGGGAGGCAGAAAAGAGCUACACACAGCGAGCCAAGGCAUACCUGGAAGAGGAGUGCCCUGCAAUGCUGAAGAGGUACCUGAACUACAGCAGAUCUUACCUGGACCAAAAAGCCCCUCCCACUGUGACCAUCACCAGCCGUGCUGCCCCAGGAAGAAACAGGGUAUUUAAAUGCCUGGCCUAUGACUUCUACCCACAAGGAAUUAAUCUGCACUGGAACCGGGCCGGUAAGGUGCUGGCAUCUGGAUCCGGAAGUGUUUUUCCCAAUGGAAAUGGCACCUACCUAUCCUGGGUGGAGGUGGAAGUCCCUGCUCGGGACAGAGACCCCUACUUCUGCCACAUAGAACACAGUGGACUGUCCCAGUCUCUGUCGGUGCAAUGGGAUGAGACAAGGAAAGCAAAAGCUGAAAGCAAUGUAGCAACUCAGCCUCAGUAAAUCGCUCUCUCUGCAUGACCUGAGAGGGUUGGCAUCAGAAGUCGACGUCACCCACAGGGUCUUCCAUGGGCAGCUGUACAGCAGCUCACAAGAAUCCAAGAAACAGGUCUGGGGGCAGAAGACUUGAAUACCAAGCACUGAGUCCGCUCUCGGUGUCAAACCCCCUGGCCCUGUAAAACUCCUCACUGAUUAAUCUGUAAGCCCUCACAAUGACCCCGGUGCCUGGCACUGCACAGAAUGGCCUUUCAACCUCGUAGAUGCUAUACAAGUGUGAGUUG